AUGACUGCUGCUGCUAGUCCUGUGUGUAGCCCCUCCUCCUCCAAAUCCACCCAAUCAUCUUCCUCGUCUGCUGCUUGCCCCACCUCCUGCCAUCGCCACCCGAAGAAAACCCUCCGCACCCGCUUGCCCCUGCGCUCUGCCCCCGGGGUGUGGCUCAUGCUGGGGGUCUGCGUGGUCCUGGUGGGCAUGUGCGUCGCUGUGGCGGGAUACGUCUCCGCGCCCCCCAAACCCGCCGUAGGAGGGCGAGGCAGCACGCACGUGGAGAGGAUGAAGCUGGCCGGGCCUAUCGUGAUGGGCAUCGGCUUGUUCAUUUUCAUCUGUUCGGCGACGUUGCUCUACGAAAACAGGGACAGGGAGGUGAAGCGGCAAGAAAAAUUUGACGAUCUCGAGGAUUUGAAAGGAGGAGCGGGAUGGGAGGAUAGUUUUGGAGGUCAGGAUGGAGAGCAGGCAGCAUGGGCAACUCCGGCGCAUUUACUUCCCCUCUCUCAAAAUAACAGUGGCUCUCCUCCUCCUCCUCCUCCUGUACCAAUAGCCCAAAGAAGCAACCGAUCAGUUACACCUCUUCUUCAACGGGGAAGUGAAGAGCAGGACACACAGCGAGGAGCAGAGAAGGGGCAGACUCUUUUGGCUUGUGUUUUGUACCACCAAGAGCCCCGACCUCAGUCCCCACCCUCCCCCUGCCCCUCAGUAACUCGGUCUUCUAUCUGCUCGGACUCCUAUAACUCUACGGAGGUCAACUAUAACAAACGGACAGCAUCACCUCUGCCAGCAGAACUUUGAAGAACAAUAAUGUGCUCUGUGUUAGUCAAAUUAGAGGUGGGCGAUAG